CCUUGGCUCUGUAACCUAAGCUCGGUCGUAGACAACACUUGUAUUUAAAUUACCUAAAGGGAAUAAUAAUGUUUAUUUGCCUAUUCAAAGCAAUGAUCUGCGUGGUCUGAUUACAGACAAUGUAUAUAGACACCUUACCGCUCGUGGUUUGGACGCUCUUAGUCACAACGACAAAUGUAGCGACACAAAGCCAAUAUGGAAUAGGUUUAGGAAUAAAACGAGAAGUAUUUUUCUUAAAUUUAGAAGACGGCUAUUUUGGCUGUCAAGUAAACGAAUCGACACAAAUAUUACAAUUAUAUGAAUUAUCAAAGUUAUGCGACGGUGUAAAGGAUUGCUAUAAGGGAUCCGACGAACUCGCGAAAGAGUUGAAAUGUACAGAUGAUUGUACCAAAGAAGAUGGCGCCCAAUGUAUAAAUGGUCGUUGUCUAAACGGGGUGUGCCAUUGUAAUGAUGGUUUUGGCGGCUGCAACUGCCAGGAACCAGAUGUUAAUGAAUGCAAAGAAAGACCAUGCGAUGUUUUUGCUCACUGUACGAACACGGUCGGUAGUUUCCAAUGUUCGUGUUUCCCAGGCUACGAAGGCGACGGUUUCACUUGCAGAGAUAUAAAUGAGUGCGAAGACCCAGCAGUUGCAUCGCGUUGCGUAGCAAACGCAGAGUGCUGUAACUUGCCAGCUCAUUUUAUUUGCAAAUGUAAUCGAGGUUUCGAAGGUGAUGGGGAAGAAGAGUGCAGAGAUAUUGACGAAUGUCGACGUCCUGGUGCUUGCGGUGUAAAUGCUGUGUGUCAAAAUUAUCCAGGAAACUACACGUGUGCAUGCCAGGAUGGUUAUACUGGAAAUGCAUUCGAUGGCUGCGUUGAUAUCGAUGAGUGCGCGGUUGAGGGGAGUUGCGGUCCUGGCGCAGUUUGUCGCAACGUGGACGGCGGCUACGAGUGCAGCUGUCCACCAGGCUACGAGGGCGACCCCCGCGUCGGCUGCCGCGAUCAGGACGAAUGUGCACACGCUACUUGUGGAAUUUCAGCAAUUUGCGAGAACCUUCCAGGCGCUUAUCGCUGUCUGUGCCCACCAGGUUUCGAAGGCAAUCCAGACGUUUUGUGCACUGACGUGGAUGAAUGUAAGGAUAGUCAAGCAGUGUGCAGUGAACACGCUGUAUGUACCAACACCGUCGGCAGCUUCGUGUGCACCUGCAAGCCAGAGUAUACAGGAGACGCGCGUGUUGCCGGAGGGUGCCGCGACAUCAACGAAUGUGAAACGCUUGAACAUCCCUGUGGCACUCACGCCAUCUGUGAAAAUGCGGCGCCAGGAUACAAUUGUAUUUGUCCACAAGGUUACCGAGCUCAACCAGACCCACAAGUUGCUUGCGAGCAGGUCGACGUUAAUACCUUGUGUAAAUCAAAUUUCGACUGUACCAAUAAUGCGGAGUGCAUAGAUAACCAAUGUUUUUGUAAAGAAGGUUUCGACGCUCGAGGGUCGAUUUGUAUUGAUGUUGAUGAAUGUGCUAAAAAUUCAUCUUUAUGUGGAGACAAUUCAAUAUGUAUGAAUAAGCCCGGUGGAUUUAGUUGUCAAUGUGCAAAUGGAUUUGUUGGUGCUCCUCCACGAGUCGCUUGCCGGGCUCCAUGUGAGGAUGUGAAAUGUGGCGAGCAUUCGUAUUGCAAACCGGAUGGAAUAGAAGCAUAUUGUGUUUGUGAGGAUGGCUGGACCUUUGAUCCCACAGAUAUUGCAGCUGGUUGUAUAGAUAUAAAUGAGUGUGAUACAACAGUGGGACCGGUGGGUCGCUGUGGUAAUAAUGCUCGCUGCAGUAACACACCUGGCAGUUUUAGUUGUCAAUGCCCAGAAGGUUACACGGGCGAUGCUUACAAGCAGUGCACAGAUAUCGACGAGUGCCUUAUAGAGAGUGCUUGUGGUAUUGGAGCCGAUUGUAUAAAUCGUGAUGGAUCGUAUUCUUGUGAAUGCCCUGAAGGUAGCAUACCAGAUCCAGAUCCCAGAGUACGAUGUGUGGAAAUACUUACUUGUAAAACUGAUAAUGAAUGCCCCGGCAAUGCUGUAUGCGACCCUAAUUCCAGAUGCUUAUGUCCAGAACCGAAUGUUGGAAAUGAAUGCAGACAUCCAUGUGAAGCUUUGCAAUGUGGAAGUAACUCAGAAUGUCUAUUGAAUGAACAGGUCGCUCAAUGUACAUGUAAAAGUGGUUUUGCUGGCGACCCGUUAUCACCAACUGGGUGUCAAGAUAUAAAUGAAUGUAUUGAAAAUCCUUGUGGUGUUGGAGCAGUUUGUAAAAAUCUUCCCGGACGUUUCUUAUGCGAGUGCCCAAGUACAUUUAAUGGGGACCCUUAUGUGGACGGCUGUAUACCUGGUAAAAGACCGAUUGAAUGCAGUAAUAGCAAUCCGUGUCCUCAGGGUGAACAAUGUAUUUUACAUGACGGCGAAAAUGUUUGUGUUUGUACGCAAGGAUUUACUCGCAGCAAAGAAACUGGAAUAUGCGAAGAUAUUAAUGAAUGUACCCAACAUGGUCGGUCACCGUGUGGUCUUAAUGCUAUUUGCAAGAAUCUACCUGGCAGCUAUGAAUGUAAAUGUCCGGCAGAAUAUAGCGGAAACCCUUACAAUCUUUGUGAAGUUUGCAGCGAUAUUACUUGCCAGUGCCAACCACCUUACAAGGUAAUCGAUGGUAGUUGUGUGCUUUCCGGCUGUACUAAAGAUAACAAAUGUGGAAAAGGCGCAGAGUGUAUUGUUAUUUCCGAUGGAGUUAGUUAUUGCGCUUGCCCGAUCGGUUUCACCCAAACAGCUGAAGGGUCAUGCGACGAUAUUGAUGAGUGUACAUCUGGUCAACCCGUUUGUGGAUUCGGCGCAGAGUGUGUCAACACGAUUGGAUCUUUUACAUGUAAAUGCCCAGCUGGGUAUAGUCAAGAUUCAAUAACUGGACAUUGCACGUUGAAUCAAAAGAGAUGUAUCAGUGAUUCAGAUUGUUUCCCGAAUGAAAAAUGUAUUCAACCUGGAAAAUGUGUUUGCCCACCACCAUUUUAUUUAGAUGUGUCUGACGGACAAAAAUGUAAAAAUCCCUGUGAAAGAUUUACUUGCGGCAUUAAUUCUAAAUGUACCCCAAGUGACCCACCUCGAUGUAUGUGUAUGACCGGAUUCGAAGGAGAUCCCUACACAGGAUGUACGAAUAUUAACGAGUGCCACAGUGCACCGUGUGCUUUUGGUGCGAUUUGUCACGACCAGAAAGGUGGAUAUCGCUGUGAGUGUCCUCCUAACAUGGUUGGCGAUCCCUACAAAUCGGGAUGUGCGGCCGAAGAAAUACCAUCAGAAAAGCGUUUAUGCACUUCAGACGAGGAAUGUCCAAAUACCCUCGCGUGUUUGAAUAGCACUUGUUUAUCACCUUGCACAAGCGUUUCGUGUGGAUCUAACGCUUUUUGUGAAGUAGAGAAUCACGCCGCGUGGUGUCGUUGUAAUCCUGGUUACACCAAACCUGAAGGCGGCAAAUGCAUUUCUGGAUGUGAUACAUAUUCAUGCGCUUCGGGUGCUCAAUGCAUAAUAUCAAAGACUGGACCGACAUGCGUUUGUCCUGAAGGUAUGGUAGGAAACCCGUUCCCCGGAGGAGCUUGCAGAAGAGAUACUUGUGGACCUGGUGUGCCUUGUGAACAGCCUUUGAUGUGUGUUGCCGGUCGUUGCAGACAACGUUGUGAUGGCGUUGUCUGUGGAGUUGGCGCCUCAUGCGACCAACAGAGCGGCAAAUGUGUUUGUAAUGCGUUUUUCGUUGGUAAUCCAGACUUACUCUGCAUGCCUCCUAUUUCGCCCCCAUCUUGUGAACCUGGAUGUGGCCAAAAUGCUCAUUGUGUUUAUGGACAAAACAAUGCUUGUAAAUGUAAUAAAGGAUUUACGGGCAAUCCAUAUAAAACAUGUUUACCUCGCCGACAAAUAACAUGUGCUAAAGCCUCUUGUGGCGUCAAUGCAGUUUGCCAACAAACGAGAUCUCAUGUUGAAUGUCUGUGCCCUCCAGGCUAUAUAGGAAACCCUAAUAUACAAUGCACUGAUAUAGAUGAAUGUAGCAGUAAACCAUGUGGUGAAAAUGCCAUCUGCAUAAACACACCUGGAAGUUUCAGUUGCAUAUGCAAAAGCCGAUAUGUUGGAAACCCUUACGAAUUAUGCUCACAAGUAUCUAUUACAAAAUGUGUCGAUGGUGCCAUUUGCACUUGUUCGCAUAACGCUACCUGUCCUGAAGGUUACAUGUGUGAAAAAUCAAAAUGUGUCGAUGUUUGUCGUACGAUGAUGUGUGGUCCUAAAUCUAUAUGCGAAGAAGGAAGUUGUCAUUGUCUUCCUGGACAUAGUGGCAACCCUAAUGAUCUACAAAGAGGCUGUGUGCCGGAAAAUAAGUGCAUGGUAGAUGGGGACUGUAAAGAUUCAGAAAUAUGUUUCCAAGUAGCUAAAAACGUUCGUAAAUGUGUGGACUCAUGUAGUAAAUUACAAUGCGGUCCAAAUUCUCUCUGUAUAGGAGCUAAUCAUCAAGCUCAUUGUAUUUGUGCUGAAGGAUAUGUUGGAAAACCUACUGAUGUAAAAACAGGAUGCCAUUUACUUGUACAAGAACCUCACGAAAUGGAAUGUAACGUAAACAGCGACUGUAACGAACCUCAAGUUUGCAUUUCAGUAGAUGGCACCGCAAAGCGAUGUUUCGAUCUUUGCUCAACAAUAGCUUGUAGUGCUAACGAAGUUUGUCGAGUUAUAGACAACAAUCCCGGUUGCGAAUGUAAAGAUGGUUUCCUUUGGAAUCCCGUCAAUUCCGUGUGCGAACAACCCUCAACACCAAAUUGUGUUUCUGACGAUGAUUGCGACGAUAAUAAGUCUUGUCAAAAAGAUGUACUUGGGGUUAAAAAAUGUGAAGACAGUUGUCUGCUAUUUACUUGUCCACAAAAUUCAAAGUGUUUAACGAGAAAUCACAAAAGUAAAUGUGAAUGUUUGACUGGUUUUGCUGGUAAUCCAAAUGAUCGUGAUGGAUGUAUUGCUAUCAACAAAAAUCAAUGCUCAGAUGAUGUGCAAUGCAGGGAAAAUGAAGUAUGCAAACAUGUUGGUGAUGUGAAAAAAUGUGUGUCUGCAUGUCAACAAGUUAUAUGCGGCCCCAAUGCCAUUUGUGUUACCAACAAUCACAUUGCAAAGUGUCAGUGUCCUUCGGGUCCAUUUACCGGAAACCCUAAUGAUUUAGAAAAAGGAUGUCAGUCUGUGCCUUGCAUUUAUAAUGCAGAUUGUCUGGCACACGAAUUGUGCAAUCGUAUGACACAUUCAUGCAUGAAUGCUUGUGGAGAAGAUUCAUGCGGUGACAAUGCCGUUUGUAUUGCUGAAAACCAUAAAGCAACUUGUCAAUGUCCUAACGGAUAUAAACCAGAUCCAAUACCAGAUGUUAACUGCCGAAAAAUCGAAGUUUGCAAUCCCAAUCCUUGCCAUGCUACUGCUAUAUGUGAGCCAAGACAUUCAUCAUACGUAUGCAGGUGCCCAACAGGUUUUGUCGAAGAUGGCCGAACUGGAGGUUGUAGAAGGCAAGACCAAUGUACGAAAGGUGAUGACGACUGUCCACUAGAAACCACAUGCGUAAACAACCGAUGUGUCAAUCCCUGUGAUGGUGCUUGUGGAAUUAACUCUUUAUGUAAAGUUGUGGAUAGAAAAGCAAUUUGUGUAUGUCCUGAUGGUUAUGAAAUGAUAAAAGGCAAUGCCUGCAAGAAAAAGCUUUUAGUAUGCUCAAACGAACAGGACUGCAAUGGUGAUGUUUGUUCGAAUGGCCAAUGUUUCACAGCUUGUAAACAUUCUAACCAAUGCGAUCCGGGAGAAGCUUGUGCCAAAAAUUUAUGCGUAACUCAAUGCUCUAAACAUGCUCAGUGUGGCAUAGGACAAGCCUGUGUAGGUGGACAAUGUCUCAUUGGCUGUAGAAGUGAAGAAGACUGUCCUAGCGAAGAAGCCUGUGUUAAUAACAAGUGUGUCAAUCCGUGCUUGUCCACGAGAGCAUGUGGUCCAAAUGCAAUUUGUUCCAGAAUCAAUCACAGUACCAAAUGUGAAUGCCCUCUUGGAUUCCAAGGAACACCUAGUCCUCAACAAGGCUGUGUGAGAAAACCAAGUUCAUGCUCGAGGACCUCAGAGUGCCCACCAGAUCACAUGUGCAUUGGAUACCUAUGUCAAGUACCUUGCCAAGAUAAUUCUGGUUGUGCUAUUGGAGAAAAAUGCAGUGAUAGUAGAUGCCACAAAAUCUGUCACUCAAGUAGCAACUGCCUACAUGGCGAACACUGCAGUUCUGGUAUAUGUAUUCCAGGGUGUAAAACCGAUUCUGACUGCUUGAAUAAUCAGUUAUGUAAGUCAGCAAAGUGUCAGUGCCUUCCUGGAUUUGAACUAACAAGCGACGAAUGUACAAAUGUAAACGAGUGUGUAAAUAAUCCCUGUCAUCCAUCAGCACAAUGUGUCGAUACACCAGGAUCUUAUAAAUGUGUUUGCUCAGUUGGUGCUAUCGGUGAUCCCUACACAAGUGGUUGUUUAUUACCAAAUCAAUGUAGAAGUGAUAAUCAAUGCGAAGAUUCAUUGGCUUGCAUAAGAGGAAAAUGUUCUAAUCCAUGUCAAAUUAAAACUUGUGGUCUAAACGCAUUAUGUACAGUUGUAAAGCACAGAGUAGCUUGCGCUUGUGAAAAAGGAUUUCUUGGGAAUCCAAUUGACAAAAAAAUCGGAUGCUUCAAGGUAGAAUGUAUAGAUGACUCGGAUUGUUCAAGCGAUAAAUUCUGUAAUAUGAGGAAUAACAAGUGUUCUGACAAAUGUGAGGAAACCUAUUGCCAAGGCGGAACAUGUACAAUAGAAAACCACAAAUCUUUGUGUAAUUGUGAGACUGGGUUUGAUUUAGUCAACAACGUUUGUCAAGAUAUAAAUGAGUGCUUGAGUAACCCAUGUCCUUUGAACGCGCAUUGUGUGAACAAUCGAGGUUCUUAUAGUUGUACAUGUGUUAAUGGUACUGUGUUAGAUACAAGCUCUGGAAACUGUAGAUCUCCUGGUGAAUGUUUCUCUGAUGGAGAUUGUUCCGAUAAAACUAAAUGUUACAAUAAUUAUUGCAUCGAUCCUUGUGAAAAAUCUGCACCAUGCGGUGAAAAUGCUGAGUGUAUAGUUUCUAAACAUGAGCCUAUAUGUGAAUGUCCACCAGACAGUCAAGGUGAUCCUUACAAGCAAUGUACUAAAUUUGAAUGUACAAAAGAUAGUGAUUGCUCAGCAGAAGAAGCCUGUGUCAACUACAAAUGUAAAAAUGCAUGCAGUAUACCUCGUGCAUGCGGCAAAAAUGCAGACUGUCUUUCAAGAAAUCAUAUCGGUCACUGUACAUGCUCGUCUGGUUAUACGGGAGAUCCUGUUCUUGGUUGUGUUCCUAUUCAAUACUGCACAGAUGACAGCCGAUGCUCGUCAGGAACGAAGUGUAUUGAUAAUUUAUGUGUUGGUAUGUGCAAAAACUCAAGAGACUGCUUAAACGAUCAACUAUGUAUUCAAAAUACAUGUCGAGUCACUUGUAAUUCGAACAAUACCUGUCCAGAUUUCCAAUUCUGCUUAAACAGAAUUUGUACAAAAGAAGUGCAGUGUUUAACAAACGAGGAUUGUGCUGAUGACGAAAGAUGUACUGUGGGAAGAAAAGGUGUGCCACAAUGCAUCAAAGUAUGCGAAAGACAUCCAUGUGGAAGACAGGCUGUAUGUGUUGGCAAAAAUCAUCAACCCACAUGUUCGUGCGCACCUGGAUUCUUUGGAGAUGCUCUACAGGGAUGUAAAAGAAAAGAAUGCGAAAGUGACGUUCAAUGUACCGAUGAUAAACAAUGCCAUCAAAAUAUGUGUAAAAUCGCAUGUUUAGUGGAAAACACUUGUGGUGACAAUACUAUAUGUUCUUCAGAGAAACAUAAACAUGUGUGUUACUGUCAACCCGGCUAUACAGGUGACCCUAAAAUUGGCUGCAUUAAAAUUAAUAGAUGUGCUUCUAAUCCAUGUGGCAAUGGUGCAGAGUGCAAAAAUCUAAGAGAUCGAGCUCAAUGCACCUGCCCUGCUGGGUAUGUCGGAGAUCCUUAUGAAGAAGGUUGUCGCAAAGCUCAAGAGUGCAGAUUCAACAGAGAUUGUCCCCCUGUAGCUCGCUGUACAGUUGUCGACGGUAUUCGUAAAUGUACAGAUGCCUGCGAAACUACUAAAUGUGGCGCUAAUGCUGAAUGUAUUGCAUCAAGACACACUGGCCAGUGCAAAUGUAAGAACGGUUAUGUUGGUAAUGCAGCUAGUGAAAAAGGUUGUAAACUGAAAGAAGUGACAUGUAAGCAAAGAAGCGAUUGCGGAGAAGACCAAUACUGCCACAAUGGGCUUUGCAAAAGUUUAUGUCUCGUGGAUGAAGAGUGUGGAUCUAUUGAAAAAUGUUUCAAUGGCCAAUGUGUUAACCCUUGCCUAAUGGAAAAAGCUUGUGGAUUGAAUGCUCUAUGCCGAACUGACAAUCACGUAGUGCAGUGUAGUUGCCCCCAGAGCUUUACGGGAAAUCAAGACGUGGAAUGUGUUAGAAUGCCGCGAUUGUGCGGUGCAGCAGGAGAAUGCGAAGAUGGUUAUAUGUGUCAAGAUUCUAUGUGUUUACCCAAAUGUAAAGCCGAUGAAGAAUGCGCCCUGAACGAAAGAUGCUCUAAAGGAACAUGCUUGUUAACAUGCCGUGUAGACAAUGAUUGUUUCUUGGGACACAUUUGUUUGGGAAACAGUUGUCAGUAUGGAUGUAGACACGACGAAGAUUGUGGACCUGAUGAAUUUUGCAAAAAUAAUGUUUGCCAAAACCCUUGUGAUAAUGAUGUUAAUCCUUGUGGUCCGAACGCUGCCUGCUCUGUCGUGGAACGAAAAGCUUCGUGUUCAUGCUUAGAAGGUUUAAUACCUAACCCAACUCCUAACAUCGGAUGUGUGCGAGCUCCUUCGUUAUCUUGUCAUAUGCAUACUGACUGUGCUACCGGCUGGCGAUGUGAAGAUGACCGUUGUCGUCCUGCUUGCACAUCUGAUGGGUCCCAGUGCCUUCAAGGCGAACGGUGUGAUGCGGGAGUUUGUCGAUAUGCCUGUACUUCAGAUGAACAGUGUUCUGACGAAGAAGUUUGUGACGGCCGCAUUUGCGUAACUGGCUGUCGAUCACAUUCCGACUGCUCUAGUCAGCUAGCUUGCUUAUCAGGACAGUGCGUUGAUCCUUGUACUGAACCUGCUUCUUGCGGAGCUAAUGCCCUUUGCACGACGAAAGACCAUCAACCUGUGUGUACAUGUCCACCGACUUUGUUUGGAGAUCCAAAAACUGUUUGUCGGAGAAAGAUUUCGCCUUGCAAGGAUAAUGAGAACUGUCGUGACGGUUUCAAUUGCUAUGGAGGAACUUGUCAACCAUCUUGUAGAAGUGACAGCGUUUGUUUAUCCAAUGAAAAAUGUAUUCGUGGCAUAUGCAGAGUAGUUUGUAAUAGCAAUGAAGCCUGCAGUGAAGGAUACAUUUGCGAUGGUAGGAUUUGUAAGCAGGGCUGUCGAGACGAUAACCAAUGCGACAUUAAUCAAGCGUGUUUGAAUGGACAAUGCAAAGAUCCCUGUAGUGAAAAUGCAGUUUGUGGAAUCUGCUCAGACUGUAAAGUACAAAAUCACCGCGCUCAGUGCAGUUGCUCCAGCAACUACACUGGUAAUCCUCUUGUGGAGUGUAAAAGAAAAACAAUGUUAUGCGACGGCUUUUGUCCAUGUGAUGAUAGUGGCUAUUGCGUUUCACUUUGUGAAACUGAUUCUGAAUGUUCAUGUGGAGAAAAAUGUUACAAUGGAGCUUGCAGAUCUACAUGUACAGUGCCGAAUAAAUGUCCAGAAAGACAAAUAUGCCAAGAAAAUGUUUGCAUUCCGGGAUGUAAUUACGAUGCAGAUUGUGGUGAUGAUAUGUUAUGCUCUUCUAAACUCUGCGUGAAAGCUUGCCGAGAAGAUGUUUGCGGCGAGAAUGCCGCUUGUUUUGCCAUCAAACAUCGCGCUAUUUGCAAGUGCCCCAGCGGAUAUACCGGUGAUCCUUCUGAAGAAUGUAAACAAUACGAAUGUUCUCAUAACGAAGACUGUGGCGCCGACGAGAAAUGUUCGGACGGCACGUGCAAAAAUGUUUGUACAGGGGCAUGUGGUAUCAAUGCUAUAUGCCGAGCAGUGAAUGGUAAUCCUCAGUGUACUUGCCCACCAAAUUACAUUGGAAAUGCAAAAAUUGAAUGUUCGAAGCCACCGGCCGGCAGCUGCCUACGAAACCCUUGUGGGGUGAGUGCGCGGUGCCGUGACUUAGAAGAAGGCCAAUAUGAGUGCACAUGCCCACCAAACUGUGCUGGCAAUCCUCACAAACAAUGUUUCUGUGGUGCCAUGGAACCUUGUGCAUAUAAAUCAUGUGGCACUAACGCGCAGUGUCAUAUCGGUGCGCAUGGAGAGGCACAGUGCUUCUGUCCACGAAACUAUCCUAACGGUGAUCCAAAUAUAGAAUGUGCCCAAGAACGCAGUGUAGUUGAUUGUAGAACGACUGGUUGUGGAAUUAAUGGUGAAUGCUUAAGAGAAGGUGCAGAAUUUGUAUGUCGUUGUAUACCUGGAACAGAAGGACAAGCUGAUGUCGAAUGUCACACCAGUAUCGAAUGUACGAGCGACAAGGAUUGUCCAGUAGACAGAGCGUGUCUCAGCUUACACUGCGUGGACCCCUGCACAGUACGAGGUGUGUGUGGAGAAGAUGCUCUGUGUGUGACCCUGAUGCACAAAGCGCAGUGCUCCUGCCCACAGUGUUAUAUUGGCCAGCCGCGUGUUGCGUGCCGCCUCGACCCUACGUGCAAGUCCACAAACGAAAACACUACCACAUUCACAUGUUCUGAAACUAAAUCUUGCCCUUCCAAACUGGCUUGUGAUCUCAGCACAAAUCAGUGCCGCAACCCAUGCCUCGGAUAUCAAAACUGUAGACUAAAUCAGAAAUGCGAAGUACGAGACCACCGACCUAUUUGUGUGUGCCGGAAUGGUUUUGCUUUGAAUGAAAGAGGAGAAUUGACUUGUGCACCAGAACAUGCAGAGUGUACAAGAGACGAACAGUGUCCAUCAAAUGCGGCCUGCCGUAAUUCCAAGUGUGUGAAUCCGUGCCAAGCAUCUGUCGAGCCAAUGUGCCCUAAAGGAAAGCAAUGUGAAGUAGUAGAUCAUCGCGCUAUGUGCGUGUGUGUUGAAGAGUGUAAUCCAUCACUAUCAAUUUGCUUGAGAGACAGCGGGUGCCCAAGUAACUUAGCAUGCCGUGAUUUUCAAUGUAAGGACCCAUGCAAAGGCGCUUGUGGUGGUGCUCCAUGUUCAGUAGAAGAUCACCACCCCGUUUGCAAGUUUUGUCCUAAAGGAUUCACACACGAUGAAAAACAUGGCUGCAUUAAAGCGACAGAGUGCGGCGGCCACGAGCACUGCUCUCCGACACUGGCGUGUAUCGGCGGCCGUUGCGCUGACCCGUGUGCUCGCGGCGGCCCUUGUCUCAACGGCCAACACUGCGCUGUACUCGAUCAUCAACCUGUUUGCUCAAAGGUGUGUCAGUGUCAAACAUCGUCUGAUUGUGCGAGAUAUCCCAAUACCUUCUGUGACGGCUGUGCUUGCAUUCGAGAAGAACGACACCCAUCCACGAACUGUGGGCAUUGUCGGCCGGGAGUACCUUGCGAUCCGUUCUCUGGCGCCUGCAUGGAAAAUGGAACUUAUGUCCCACUAACCGAAAACAAUACUACACCAGGAGGAAGCAGUGACUCUACCACUACUAUAGUCUCAACUACACCUACUGACAAUGUUCCACAGUUUACAAAUACCGAUAACUUCCCUUAUAAAACCUCUAAUAAUAUCAUGACUGACUAUACAACCACUGACGAUACACUAACUGUUAGAAGCUUGAUAUCAACGACAUUAACUGAAAUUCCGAAUUACUCAACUGUUGAUGAUAUAGAACAUGUAAAACCAAGCAUACAAACUAAAAUAUAUAACGUUUAUGAAUCUACUACGGAGUCCGUAUCAAAUAGCGUUCCUGGCGACGCAAAUGGAUUACUAGUGACAACGACUAAUAAAUCAUUUACAACUUCAUAUAUACCUGAUGAUAUUACGACUUCUACCUCCGAAACUAUUCCUGAUAAAGAGUUAGUCACAGUAGAUGGAAGGGAUGGUACGGAAUUUUCUACACAUUUAACAGAAAGAACAGUAACAGGUUCAUUCGUAAACGAACCUAAAAGUCCUUCUGAUGUUGACACAAAUACCGAAUAUAUGACUAAGAAAUCAACUGAUAUUAAUACAAGCUACCACAAUGAUUAUACAACACAAAUGACUACACCCUAUACUAAUAUAGAAAAUUAUUCAUCAAUCGAUUCUGAUGUUCUUCUUCCAAGUAGUAGUACUAUUCAUGUCGAGAGUACUAUGAAACCAGUUACGGAGAAGAUUAUUGAAAGCAAUCAUUCUUCAAUAGCACCAAUUGAAAAUAAAAAUACAAAAACACCUACAAAUCAACGUAAGAUGAAUAGCAACUAUACAGGUAUAACGUUAGUUGAAGACCUACCCAGAGAAAAUUUAUCCGCAUCAACUUUAUCUAACAUCUAUGAUUUAAAAAAGCAUUCUUCUGAAACUAGUACUGAAUAUAAAACGACUUUGCCGGUUGACUCUGACGUAGAUAGUACGAAGUCUACGACUUUCAAAGCAAUACUUAAAAACAACGAUAAAACCCAAAGCUCAACUACAGUCGACGUAGAGGCGUCAACUUUCGUAACUGAAAGUGCAAUAGAUAUUAGUAGAACACUAUCAGUUACAACUUUAAAUUCAUCUGAGAAGUUGGCGAACGUGACUGAAAGAACUACGUUACCGGUAGAAAUAGUAACGUCUUCAUCUGUUAAUACCUUUACGGAUGCAAGUAAUGCUGAAUUUACAAGAGGUCAAACUGAAACGUCAGGUUUGACAACAACUACUCCAACAAUCAAAAUACUGAACACCCCUAAGUACACAAGUUCUAUAGAAACAGAAUAUAUAACUAGUUCUCAGAAAAAUAUGCCUGCUGAUAGUAACAUAUUAAAUAAUGUGGAUUCAACAACAACGAAAUUAGAAAUAAGUACACUUGAAACUGUAGUCUUUUCGGAUCCCACACAAAUAACAACAGAACAGACAAUAACAGAUAAGCCCGCCAAAUCUACUUUGAAUGCUUUUGAUCCAAAUAAGUCGGAAAUUAUUACUACAACUGACUCAUUUUUAACAGAUAAAAAUAUUCUUGAACCAAUCAGUACGUCAACUGUUCCGUUUAUUCAAAGAAUGACUUCAAAGUUAGAUGAUAGCACAGUUACAACAGAAACGCAAUAUGGAGCAGAAGAGGUUAUUGAAGUCAAAAAUCAGUCUGUCUCAACUGCAUAUUUAACGACUACACCAGCUUCUACCAUAACUAAAAAUGCAGGAACUGAAGAUGAAUUAAGGUCAACGGAAAGUAUAUCUGUUGCAUCUGUUACAACUAAUACUGAAAAUAAUUAUGAAUAUACGUCAGAGCCACUGGAAAUUUACACUCAAAUGACGAACACAGCUCCAACUAAAAUCGUUCCUAACAAAAAUGAAAAUGUUCCCAUUUACACAACAGUUGCAGAAACUACAAGUACUGAAGUGAUGAAGCAACUUCAAAUUAAUAUAACAUCUGUGGCAAGUAUGGAAACAACAACGUCAAAAUCAUUCGAUACGAACUUUAUAACUACUGUCACUACGGAAAAUCUAAGCCCACAGGAAACAGUGACUGAUAGAUCGGGUGGAUCAACUGAAUCUGACAAACAGUUAGCAACUAAUAAGAAUUUUGAAACUACUGUAAUUACAGAAUUACCAAGCUCACGAGAAACAGUAUAUGAUGGUUUGGCUAGAUCAACCGAAUCUCAAAUACACACAUCAACUAAUAAGGACUUUGAAACUACUAACAUUAUGGAAACUCUAGGCCCACAGGAUACAGCAACCGAUGAGUCGGAUGGAUUAACUACAUCUCAAAUAAGUACAAUCACUUAUAAGAACUUUGAAACUACUGACACUAUCCAAAGUCUAAGCCCACAGGAUACAGUAACUAAAGAAUCGGUUGGAUCAACUGGAUUUAAAAUACACACAUCUACUAAUAAGAAUUUUGAAACAACAGUCACUAUGCAAACCCUCAGUCCACAAGAUACAGUAUCUGAUGGUUUGGCUAGAUCAACUGAAUCUCACAUAUAUACAUCAACUAAUAAGGACUUUGAAACUACUGACACUACGAAUACGCCUAGCUCACAAGAAACUGCAACUGAUGGAUCAGGCGGAUCAACUGAAUUUAAAAUACACACAUCUACUGAUAAAAAUUUUGAAUCUACUGCAAUUACGGAAAUGCCGAGCCCACGAGAAACAGUAUCUGAUAGUUUGUCUAGAUCAACUGAAUCUAAAAUAUAUACAUCAACUAACAAGGACUUUGAAACUACUGACAUUAUGGAAACUCUAAGUCCACAAUAUACAGUAACUGAUGAAUCGGGUGGAUUAACUGAAUCUCAAAUAGGUACAUCAACUAAUCAGAACUUUGAAACCACUGUCAUUAUGCAAACUCUAAGCCUGCAGGAUACAAUAACUCAUGAAUCAGGUGAACCAACUCAACCUUAUAUAGGCACAACGACUAACAAACAUUUUGAAACUACUGUUUCUGUGGAAAUUCCAAGCCCACUAGAUAAAGUAACUGAAAGGUCAACUGAAUCUCAAAUAAGUGUAUCGACUGAUAAAAACUUUGAAACUACUGUAACCACGGAACUGUCAAGCCCACAAGAAACAUUAACUGAUGGAUUGGGUUCAACUGAAACCAAAGUAUACAAAUUAAUUACGGAAAUUCCAAGCUCAACAGAAACAGUAUCUGAUGGUUUGUCUAGAUCAACUGAAUCUCAAAUGUACACAUCAACUAAUAAGGACUUUGAAACUACUGAAAUAACGGAAACUCUAAGCUCACAGGAUACAGUAACUGAAGAAUCGGGUGGAUCAACUGAAUUUAAAAUACACACAUCUACUAAAAAGAAUUAUGAAACUACUAUAUCUAAUGAAAUUUCAAUACCACGAGAAACAGGAACUGAUGGAUUAGGUGGGUCAACUGAAUCUCAAAUAAGUACAACAACUAAUAAGAACUUUGAAAUUACCGUCACUAAGCAAAUUCUUAGCAAACAAGAAACAAUAACUAAUGACUCGGGUGGAUCAACUGAAUCUAUCAUACCCUCAUCAACUAAUAAGAAUUUCGAAACUACUACAACUACAGAACCACCAAAACAAUUAGAAACAACAACUGAUGGGUUGGGAGGAUUCACUAAAUCUAAAAUAUUCACAUCAAUUAAUAACAACUUUGGAGCUACUAUAACUACGGAACUGCCAAGCCCACGAGAAACUGUAACAAAUGCAAUGGGUGGAUCAACUGAAACUGAAGUAUACACUUCGAUUAAUAAGAACUUUGAAACUACUGAUGCUGUGGGAACUUUAGGCCCACAGGAUACAGUAACCGAUGAAUCUGGUGGAUCGACAGAAUCUAAAAUUCACUCAUCAACUAAUAAGAAUUAUGAAACUACUAUAACUACGGAAAAAGCAAAUGCAACAGAAACAGUAACUGAUGGAUUAGGUGGAUCAACUGAAUCACAAAUAAGUACAACAACUAAUAAGAACUUUGAAACUAUUGUCACUGAGCAAGUUCUAAGCAAACAAGAAACAGUAACUAAUGACUCGGGUGGAUCAACUGAACCUAACAUGCACUCAUUAACUAAUAAGAAUUUCAAAACUACUAUAACUCCGGAAACACCAAGCCCAUUAGAACCAGCAACUGAUGGAUGGGGCAGAUCUACUGAAUCUAAAAUAUACACUUCAAUUAAUAAUAACUUUGAAGCUACUAUAACUACGGAACUGUCAAGCCCACGAGAAACUGUAAUUGAUACAUUGGGUGCAUCAACUGAAACUAAAACUACUGAUAAGAACUUUGAAACUACUGAUGCUAUGGAAACUGUAAGCCCACAGGAUACAGAAACUGAUAAAUCAAGUGGAUUUACAGAAUUUAAAAUAUACACAUCAAUUAAUGCAGACUUUGAAACUACUGUAACUACGGAACUGCCAAGCCCACGGGAAACGGAAACUAAUGGAUUAACUGGAUCAACUGAAUCUAAACUGUCAUCAACUAAUAAAAACUUUGAAACUACUGUCACUAUGCAAACUCGAGGCUCACAGGACGUAGUAACUGAAGGAUUAAGUGGAUCAAUUGAAUCUCAUAUAAGUACAACAACAAAUAAGAAUUUUGAAAAUACUGUCACAAUGAAAGAUUUAGAUACUCAGAGCACGACAAUUAUGUUACCAGAUGAGUUAACUGACACAGUAACGGAAGCAACGUCUAAAAUGACUUUUGGUAAAAGUACUGAACCUUCAGAUAUAAAAGGUACAGUGACGAAUGAAAAGAGUGAAUCAACAGAAGUGGUUGGGGAUACAACCAUUUACAAGAGCAUGGUUACAACUACAUUAAAUACUCGAAACACCUACGAAUUUGACACUAGCACGGUAACUGAAUCAAAUGAAUUUAAAUUAAGUACAAACCACUUGCCAGGAAAUACAGGUGUUGUAAUAACUCCAAGAACAAAUGAAAUAAUUACGGAAACAUUAGAAAAAUCUACUGAAAUAAAUAUUGAUACUACUACAACAAUGAGAAACAUUUUAGCAAAAAGUACACAAACCUCAGAAAAUAUUAUAAUAGAUGGUUUGACUGAAUCAAUAGGUAUAAACAGAGACAGCACAACCACUAGUGAGUAUUUGGUUAAAAACAUUGUUACUACUGAAAAUGUUAAUCCACAAGACUGGGUUUCAGAUAGUCUAGCUGGAUCAACAGAUAUUAUGAAUGAUAUAACGAGUACAAGUUUUGAUACAAAAAUCAUACCCAUGGAAACAACUAGCACCCAGAAGGUUCAAACAGAAGAAACAACAGAAUAUAAUGGAUCACGUAUAUCCAGCGUUGAUUCCGCAACUGAUACUAUACCAUUAGGCACAGAAAGUACACAAGAUGAGUUUACAAAUGAAAUAAAGAUGGACACAACCACCUAUAAGAGUUUAACCAAUCAUACUGGAGCAGUGGAUAAUCCAAAUACUCAAAGUGUCACUGACGGAUUGAUUCAAUUCAGCGAUUCGAGCAAGGGAACAGAAAAGGUCACAACGAAAGUAAUAGAAAAUACUGAAAUCACAACAGAAAAAACAACGUCAAAUAACAAUUUAGAGACAAGUACACCAUCUUUGGAUCUAAAUAGUACACAAAAAACGGUAACAAUAGACGUACUCACGACUACAGAUGGAAAUUAUGUUCCUAAUACUUUAUCAUUCACUUCCAGUGAUAGCGAAAUAGUAACAGAUAAAACUGUCGAUUUAAUUCAAAUAGUAACUAAAGGUUCAGAUAAUGUUACACCUACUAAAAGUGAUGGCUUUUCCACCAAACUUCCAGACAAUAAUAUGAUUUUUACAUCAGAGGAAAAUAAUGUUUUUAAAUAUCCAAGUACGUCGGGCAGAGACCAAGAAUAUGCACAUAGUACCAUCAAAGGGAACACUGGGGUCAUUAUAGAAAUACCAAGCACUACAGAAAUUUCUUACACUGUCACCAAUACACAUGCAGAAAAUACAGAGUUUGCUACAGAUUCAACUAUUAGUACAUUACACACCGAAAUGCUUACGACCUUAGACAACAAUUAUGACACUGUAACUGAAUCAGGAAGCACGGCAGAUGUUCCCACCAAAUCUGUUACAUCUUAUUUGGAUAUCAAUGUGGAGACGGAAACUUAUAUUACCAGCACUAUUAAAAAUACUGACAAUAAGAACAUUAAUAAUAUUCCAACUGAAAUGACACCAGUUGUAACCGUUAAGGACGAAGUUUUAUCCGAAUCCACUACGGGAAUCAUUGAUGACAAAACACUGCCCGAUAGUGUAACAAAUCACUACGAGCAUAAUACUAAUGCGCCCGAACUAUCUACUUCUACAAGCGUAAAUGAAGGUACGACAUCAACGCUUAGCUAUGGCGUUUUGACAACUUCACCGCAAGAAUCAGUCACACAAUUUUUCAACGAGAUCCCUAGUACUACCAAUAGUUUUGUUACAGCACCGUUAGCGACAAAAGAUGUAGACGUUUCAACUGUAGCAGAAACUACUAUAAGCGAUUUAAUUACGACACCAUAUUCCGUUCAUACUGAUAAACCUACAUCAACACCAGAUAUAGAAGACACUACAAUUUCAUCUACUCAUGAACAAAAUAUGACUGACAUUCAACCAAAUAAUACUAUGAAUAGCGAAUCUGUCACUAAAGCAAUGCAUGAUAACUUUUCUUCAAAUACCCCAUCCACAAAUAUUUAUGUUACGUCUAAAGUACAUACGUCGACAGGAAUUAUAAGUACAUCUACUGAGAGUUUAUCUUCUCGUAGAAAAAUCGUUGAUAUUUCUGCUUGGACUGACACAACUCUUGUAACUGACAUGACUUCUACUGAGACUACUGUACAAAGUGGUGACUUGCAUAUUAACACCUGUAAAAUAAACACGAAUUGCCCGACAAAUAAAGCCUGCCUAAACGGAGUGUGCCAGGAUCCAUGUGAAAUAGAUGGGAAUGGUUGUACAAAGAACGAAUCAUGUGUAGUCGUGAGCCAUGCCGCCAUUUGUGUGUGUAACGACGUCACUGGGAUCUACUGCUCACGCAAAGAAUCACCCGGAACACCCAAGGUACCAGAACCUUGUCACUCUGAUCGGGACUGUAUAGAGACCGAAGCCUGUUUUAUGGGAUUGUGUCAAAAUCCAUGUGAGUUCGACAACGUAUGUGGCAUAGGAGCCAAUUGCCAACCAGUAAAACAAAGGCCUAUGUGCUCCUGCCCUGCUGGACAUGACGGAGAUCCUGCUGUUAAAUGUUCGCCUAAAAUAUUUGGUUGCACUCGAAAUGAAGACUGUCCCUUGACUGAAGCUUGUAUAAAUAAUGCAUGUCAACACCCAUGUGCUAUACACAAUCCGUGCGUACCGAAUGCGGUCUGUAUAAACACAAAUCAUGGAUCAGACUGUAGCUGUGUCGAAGGAUACCAAGGAAACGGCUACGUUGGAUGUGUGCCAGUAAUACCGCCCGGUUCCGUAUGUCAAUAUAAUGAAGACUGUCCUCCAGAACUCCUAUGUGACAAAUUAAACAGAGUUUGCAUUAGCCCCUGUGCUGUAAAUAGGUGUGGAGAUAAUGCAGAAUGUUUCCCAGAAAAUCACGGCAUACAAUGCAAAUGUUCUGCUGGUUUUACCGGAAAUCCUUACUUAGAAUGUUUCCAAGUACAAGGUUGUCGUUCGGAUAAUGAGUGCGCUAACUCUGAAGCCUGCAUAAACGGCAAAUGUGGAUCUCCAUGCAGAUGUGGAAUUAACGCUAUAUGUGAUGUUUUGAAUCACCGUGCUUCGUGUAAAUGUCUACCGGGAUACACAGGAAAUCCGCAACAUGGAUGUGAACCACCUACAAAUCCAUGUAUUCCAAACCCUUGCGGAACUAACGCAAUGUGUGAAAGUGAUAAUGGAAAUCCAAUUUGUUUCUGCCCCAAGGGAUUAACAGGAAAUCCGUUCAAAAAUUGCAUACCCGAAGGAAAUGAAUGUGAACCAAAUCCUUGCGGUCCAUAUUCUGGAUGCAGAUUAAUCGAUAACAAACCUGCCUGUUUCUGUUUACCCAACUACGAAGGAGAUCCUCCCCGUCAACAAUGUCGUUUACCAAACAAUCCAUGCAAUCCGUCUCCCUGUGGACCCAACACACAAUGUACAAUACAAUCAAAUGGAUUUGCAAAAUGCACAUGCUUACCAGGAUACAUAGAAAGUCCCAAUACUAUUAGAGGAUGUGUGGAAUCACGUAAUCCUUGUGAACCAAAUACUUGUGGUAUCGGAGCACGAUGUGACCCGAACCGAUCUCCACCCUGCUACUGCCCUGAAAACGCUAUAGGUAAUCCUUAUAAAUCGUGCAACACACAAGGUUACCUUCCACCUGACGUACUUUGUCGACCAGGUCCAUGUGGUCCCAAUGCAGAUUGCUAUGUAAGUGGUAAUAUGGAGAUGUGCUUCUGUAAGACUGGAUUUACUGGAGAUCCUCAUGUUGGCUGUCAACCACAAAGAAGUCCGUGUACACCUAAUCCUUGUGGGCCUCAAGCUAUCUGUCAAGUUAACUAUGAAGGACAAGCAUUGUGCAUUUGUCCUGAAGGCAGUAUAGGUGAUGCUUAUGGGGUUGAUGGUUGUCAUUCUCGAGAAUGUGAAGUAGACGAUGAAUGUAAACUUGACCGAGCUUGUAUUGGAUACGCCUGUCGUGACCCCUGUCCAGGCGCUUGUGGAAUAAAUGCUAAAUGUCGAGUAGAAUCUCAUAGACCAGUUUGUAUAUGUUCAGAUGGAUAUGUCGGCAAUCCUUUAAUGAGUUGUCUGCCACCUGGAGACCAAAAAUCGAAUUCCAAAAAGCCUUGUAACACGGUAAGGUGUGGUAUAAACGCAAUCUGCCAGGAUGUUGGUGAUAAAGCUCUUUGUUCUUGUCCUCCUAAUUUCCUUGGAGAUCCAACAGUAGAAUGUAAACCUCAGUGCACCAUGAAUUCGGAUUGUUCAUCUAAUGAAGCUUGUAUAAAUCAAAAGUGCACAGAUCCAUGCUCAUUCGACAACGUGUGUGGUAUACAUGCAGUUUGUUUAUGUUCCGAACACACAGUGUCCUGCCUGUGCCCUGAUGGAUAUAUCGGAGAUCCUUUGACUCAAUGUCUUUAUCGACCGAUAAUUAUUGGAUCAGAUAAUACGACUGCUCAACCCUGCACGCCUAAUCCUUGCGAUCCUAAUGCCCCGUGUGAUACUUAUGGAAAUCAGUUUGCAAUUUGCGACACUUGUGUUGGACCAAAUGCAGUAAACAAUCCUGCUUGUAGACCGGAAUGCGUAUUUAAUUCAGAAUGUGCCUUUAAUAAGGCUUGUUUGAGAAAUAAAUGCGUAGAUCCCUGCCCAGGUUCAUGCGGAAUUAAUGCUUUAUGCUCAGUUUACCAACACGAUCCGAUGUGUCACUGCAAAGAAGGCUUCGAAGGAAAUCCGUAUGAACAUUGCAAGCCAACAACAAAUCCUGUUUUAGUUGAAACGUGCGACAAUGUAAGAUGUGGAGCUAAUGCUAUAUGCGAAGACAAAAAUGGUGCCCAAACUUGUAAAUGUUUGCCCAACUUUUACGGAAAUCCAUAUAUGUCAUGCCGCCCUGAAUGUGUGGUUAAUAGCGACUGUUCACCAGAGUUAGCCUGCUUGAAUAAUAAGUGCGAAAACCCUUGUACUGACAUAUGCGGUAUAGGUGCUUUAUGUAAAACCGUGAACCAUCACGCGGUCUGCUAUUGCGAAGCAGGCAAUACUGGAGACCCCUAUGUGAGGUGUCAGCCCACUAUAUCAUUGCCACCUACAGUUUCUACGUGUGAUCCAUCACCUUGUGGGCCAUACAGUCGAUGCCUUGUAUCACCUUCAGGAUUUGCCGUGUGCUCGUGCUUACCAGGCCAUAGAGGAGUAGCACCAAUGUGUCAACCUGAGUGUGUCAGUAAUUCGGACUGUUCCCAAACAGACACUUGUGUAAAUCAAAAGUGUACCAACCCCUGUCAGGGCAGCUGUGGCGUUAAUGCUGAAUGUAUUGUAGUUAACCACAACCCAAUAUGUAGCUGUAGCCCAGGAAAAACAGGAGAUCCAUUCGUGGCCUGUACGGAAGUCAUAGAACCUGUGCCUAUGGACAAAAACCCUUGUGUACCAUCACCAUGCGGCCCCAAUUCUGUAUGUGAAAUUAAAUCAAACCAUCCAGUAUGCUCAUGUCGUCCAAAUUAUUCAGGCACACCUCCUUACUGUAGACCAGAAUGUGUCAUUAGUCAAGAAUGUCCAUCAAACAAAGCGUGUAUCAAUGAAAAAUGUGUCGAUCCAUGCGUUGGUGCAUGUGGGAACAAUGCCAGAUGUAAUGUAGUAAAUCACACACCUCUUUGUAGUUGUCUAGAAGGAUAUCGAGGUGAUGCGUUUGUGGGUUGUGUUGCCAUUGCGAAAGACGAAUCACCCACGCCAUGCAAUCCGUCGCCCUGUGGAGACAAUACUAUAUGCACAGUCGUGAACAAUGUAGCACGCUGUUCGUGUAUACCUCCUAACAUAGGUAAUCCAUACGCAGGAGGCUGCCGACCAGAAUGUACUAUAAACUCUGAUUGCCCGAACCACCUUGCAUGUUUAUCCAACCACUGUAGAGACCCAUGCAAAGAUUUAUGUGGCGUAAACGCUGAAUGUUCUGUCACUAAUCAUGUGCCUGUAUGCACAUGUUUCCAAGGAUAUGAAGGCAAUCCAUUCUCUUCAUGCCGCCAGAAACCAAAAACACCAUCGCCCUUCAACCCUUGUGAGCCAUCGCCUUGUGGAGCAAAUAGCGAAUGCCAUGUAGUGAAUGACCGCGCCGCAUGUUCGUGCCGCGCUGGUUUCUUGGGUGCACCACCUGCCUGUCGUCCUGAGUGUGCAGUCAACUCGGAUUGUCCUACAAACAAAGCUUGCAUCAAUCACAAGUGCAAGGAUCCAUGUCUUCAUAGUUGCGGAUUAGACGCACGUUGUCACGUGGUUGGACAUAAUCCAAUUUGUACUUGUCCAGAAAAUCUACCCGAAGGUGACCCAUUCAUCAGAUGUUACAGGAAAACUAUUACUCAACCAGCGCCGGACCCAUGUCUACCAUCGCCAUGCGGCCCACAUUCUUCCUGCCGCAAUGAAGCUGGCCGUGCAGUUUGCUCUUGCGAACCAGGCACGCUGGGAGCGCCACCAUCUUGUCGUCCACAAUGUGUUAUAAACCAGGACUGUCCGCUGGCUCUUGCUUGUCUAGCUGGCAACUGCGUGAACCCCUGCGUAGGCUCCUGCGGCUUUAAUGCACGGUGCAUAGUGCAAAACCACCAACCAGUAUGUUCAUGCGACGAAGGUUUUUCUGGAGAUCCGUUUGCUGGCUGCAAUCCUGUUGAAGAACAUUCGGAGCCACCACCAAAUCCCUGCAGCCCGUCACCAUGUGGCGCUAAUGCAUUAUGUAAAGAAAGAAACGGAGUGGGCUCCUGUUCAUGUUUGCCGGAAUACUUUGGUGACCCUUAUACAGGAUGUCGACCAGAAUGUGUUUCAAAUUCAGACUGUGAUCGCAACAAGGCUUGUUCAAACAAUCGGUGCAAAGAUCCUUGUCCAGGAGCUUGCGGCAUUAAUGCUGAAUGUCGAACUGUUAAUCAUUCUCCGACGUGCACAUGUCUUACUGGAUACAACGGCAACCCAUUAGUCAGAUGCGAAAUAGAGAUUGUUACAGAAAAUCCGAAAACUCCAUUAGACCCUUGUAAGCCUUCGCCAUGUGGGCCAAACAGCUUGUGUCGGGUGAUAAACGGUCACAGUGUAUGCACCUGCGAGAGUGACUACAUUGGCACACCACCUUCUUGCCGGCCCGAGUGCAUUGUCAGUUCGGAAUGUCCACAAGAUAAGGCCUGUAUUAAAAAGAAGUGCAAGGAUCCAUGCCAGAACUCUUGCGGUAUCAACGCACGAUGCCAAGUUAUAACACACAAUCCCAUUUGUACUUGUAGUCCCGGAUACACAGGAGAUCCAUUCACUCAGUGCAAUCUGAUAGAGCGUGACGUACCCACCACAAACCCGUGUGUACCUUCUCCAUGUGGACCUAAUUCGGAAUGUCGUGUCAUUGGCGAUCAAGCUGCAUGUUCCUGUUUACCCAACUACAUCGGCAGAGUGCCGAAUUGUAGACCGGAAUGUACUAUUGAUCCAGAAUGUCCUAGUAAUACAGCUUGCAUAAACGAGCGUUGUAGGGACCCUUGUCAAGGAGCAUGCGGUGUAAAUGCCCUUUGUUUAACUAUUAAUCACAAACCAGUAUGCUCUUGCCAGCAUGGAUUUACUGGUGAUGCCGGACAGAACUGUAUACAGAUCAUUAUAUCAUCAACUGAAAUGACCCCAACAUCAAGUCCAUGCACGCCUUCUCCAUGUGGUCCUAACGCAGAAUGCCGUGAAUAUAAUGGAGCCGGCGCCUGUGUAUGUUCUGAAGGAUACGAGGGUGAUCCGUAUAGUACGCAGGGAUGUAGAAGAGAAUGCGAGAGUAAUGAUGAUUGUUCACUCAAUUUGGCAUGUACUCGAUUUAAAUGUAUCGAUCCUUGUCCAAGAACAUGCGGGCAAAUGGCGCAAUGUACAGUUGAAAAUCAUAUUCCUGUUUGCACUUGUCCUAGAGGAUAUACUGGUGAUCCAUUCUUCCAGUGCAAAGAAAUUACCGUACCUCCUACUCCAGCACAAAAUCCUUGUGAGCCCACACCUUGUGGACCAAACAGCCAGUGCAGACAGGUGAACAUGCAAGCGGUAUGCUCAUGUUUGCCGAAUUACAUUGGUUCACCUCCGUCCUGCCGACCGCAGUGUAUUGUUAACAGCGAAUGUGACUCAUCAAAGGCUUGUAUCAAUCAAAAAUGUGAUGACCCUUGCCCGCAUUCCUGUGGAUUGAGAGCACACUGCAUUGUUAAGAAUCACAGCCCUAUAUGUACAUGCCCAUUGGGUAUGACUGGUGAUCCUUUCACUCAAUGUUAUGGAAUUCCACCCACAACAGAAAGACCUCCAUCUUGUACUCCUUCACCGUGUGGUCCUCAUUCACGUUGUCAAUUGUUAGCAAGUGGACCAGCAUGCUCCUGUCUUCCUGGUUACGUGGGCUCUCCGCCAUCUUGCCGGCCAGAAUGUACAAUUAACGCCGAAUGCCCAGCUUCACUUGCUUGUGUACGACAAAAAUGUGAAGACCCGUGUCCAGGCUCUUGUGGAGUAGAUGCUUCAUGUCACGUAUUGAACCACGUAGCCGUGUGUGUAUGUAACGAAGGUUUUACUGGAGAUCCAUUUGCAAGAUGUCUACCUAUUCUUGAAGAUUCGACUACACCGGCUCCUACAGACCCAUGCAAUCCAUCUCCAUGUGGUGCCAACGCUGUAUGUGACAACGGAUUCUGUACUUGUUUAGCGGAUUACAGUGGAAAUCCCUACGAAAGUUGUCGACCAGAGUGCACUGGAAGCCAAGAAUGUCCCAGAGAUAAGGCAUGUUUCAGAAACAAAUGCCGAGAUCCUUGUCCAGGCACUUGUGGACAAAACGCCAAAUGUGAUGUUAUUAACCAUAUACCAACAUGUUCAUGUAUGACAGAAUAUACGGGCAAUCCAUUCACACACUGCCGUCGUAUGGAACAAGAGAAAACAAGACCAAGAGAUCCUUGUCAUCCUUCCCCUUGUGGACCCAACAGUAUUUGUAAGAAUGUCGAUAAUGCUGCAAUUUGUGCUUGCCUUGAAGGGUUCCAAGGAUCACCACCAACUUGCAGGCCAGAAUGUGUGGUCAGCUCAGAAUGUCCGUCAACUAAAGCAUGCGUAAAUCAAAAGUGUAUAAAUCCUUGUAUAAACGCAUGUGGAGUAUCAGCACGGUGUGAAGUAAUAAAUCAUAGCCCAAUUUGCAGUUGCAACUCCGGACAAACUGGUGAUCCAUUUAAGAGUUGUUACGAUAUAGUAGUUCCACCAUCUCCGCCCGUAGAUGCAUGCAAUCCAUCUCCAUGUGGACCUAAUUCACAAUGUAUGGAAAGAAAUGGGAAGGCUAAUUGUAGAUGUAUCGAAAACUACAUCGGACAGCCACCAAAUUGUAGACCGGAAUGUGUUAUUAACCCAGAUUGUCCAUCAAAUCAAGCAUGUAUUAAGAAUAAAUGCGUAGAUCCAUGCCCAGGUUCAUGUGGAGUAAACGCUGAUUGCAUUGUGGUGAGCCACACUGUGUCAUGUAUGUGCAGAGAAAAGUAUACGGGUAAUCCAUUUAUGCAGUGUAUUGUUCAAGAAGAAAAUUCGGUCGAACCUUGUGACCCAUCACCAUGUGGAGCAAAUGCUAUUUGUACGCAAAGGGAUGGAGCUGGUUCAUGCUCCUGUCUAGAAGGAUAUCUAGGAAAUCCAUAUGACGGAUGUCGCCCUGAAUGUGUGCUGAGUUCUGAUUGCCCGGCUGAUAAAUCUUGUAUAAGAAAUAAAUGUGUGGAUCCUUGCCCUGGAAUAUGUGGUAGGAACGCUGAAUGUAAUGUCAUAAAUCACGUUCCAAGCUGUGCCUGCAUCAAAGGCUACACAGGAAAUCCAUUUGAUCAGUGCGUAAAGGAACAACCUAUAGAAAUAGUGAAACCAUGCCAGCCAUCACCUUGUGGUCCUAACAGUGUUUGCAGAGAAAACGGUGGAUUAGCAUCAUGUGAAUGUCUUCCAGACUAUAGAGGUGCUCCUCCUGAUUGCAGACCUGAAUGUACUGACAGUAGUGAAUGCCCAUCAGAUAGGGCUUGCCAUAGAUUGAAAUGCGCAGAUCCCUGCAGGGGCACAUGUGGCAUAGGAUCCCAUUGUCAAGUUGUUAAUCAUAGUCCAUUGUGUAGCUGCCCGGCGGGCAUGACCGGCGAUCCGUUUAAGAAAUGUUUCGAAAUAGAAAAGACAGAAUAUGUACCAGACCUACCUAUUCAUCCAUGUCAGCCGAACCCUUGUGGAGCAUAUAGUGAAUGUCGACCAAUCAACAACAGUCCUUCAUGUUCUUGUAUUCAAGGAUAUAUAGGCGCUCCACCUAACUGCCAUCCAGAAUGUAUUGUAAAUACAGACUGUCCAUCUCAUCAGGCAUGUAUUGCAGAAAGAUGUAGGAACCCAUGUGAAGGUUCAUGUGGAUUUAGAGCAGAAUGUCGCGUACAUGACCAUAUACCAAUUUGUAGCUGUCCCACUGGCUACUCUGGUGAUCCAUUCAUACAAUGCACGGAAGUUAUAGAAACUCCUCCCAUCACACAAGAUCCUUGUAAUCCAUCACCAUGCGGUAGCAAUGCAAUAUGCGAUGCAGGACUGUGCUCUUGUUCUCCCGGAUAUUUCGGAGAUCCUUAUACCGGUUGUCGACUUGAAUGUAGCACUAAUGGCGAAUGCUCUCCAACACGGACGUGUCAAAGAGGCAAAUGUGUAGAUCCUUGUCCAGGUGCAUGUGGAACGAAUGCUAUAUGUUCGGUCAAUAACCACAUACCAUCUUGUACGUGUCCUCCAUCCACCUCAGGCGAUCCUUUCAAUCUGUGUACUGAAAUCCAAAAAGAUAUUCCUUCAACGUCACCUUGUUCGCCGUCUCCAUGUGGCCCGUACAGUGAAUGUUCAGUAAGCAAAAAUGGUGCUGCGGCUUGUUCGUGCAAAGCUGGACACGUUGGUUCGCCACCGUCGUGUCGUCCUGAAUGUCUUGUCAGCGCUGAAUGCAAAUUACAAUUGGCUUGUAUUGAUCGCCGAUGUCGCGACCCUUGCGAAGGAGCCUGUGGCCGAGGCGCGCGUUGUCAAGUUAUCGCUCAUUCACCUAUUUGCACAUGUAAUGAAGAUUAUACUGGCGAUCCAUUCUCGUAUUGCUAUCCAAAACCAGCACCACCAUCAAAACCAAUUGAUCCGUGUGAGUCCUCACCAUGUGGCCCUAACUCGCUUUGCAUAAACUCUGGAGAGACACCAGCUUGCAGCUGCCAGCCAGGAUUUAUAGGUGCACCACCUAAUUGUCGACCGGAAUGUACAAUCAGCGCCGAAUGUCCUGCGGCCCUAGCUUGCGUUGCACAGAAAUGUAAAGAUCCUUGCGAACAAGCCUGCGGCCCACGUGCAAUAUGUUCUGUGGUCGACCAUCGAGCUAUCUGCGCUUGUGAACCGGGUCUUGAAGGAGACCCAUUCCAAGGCUGUUCACAGCCAAAAGCUAAACAGCCAAACGAUCCCUGCGUGCCAUCGCCCUGUGGACCUGGCGCUUUGUGCCGAGUCAAAGGAACAGGCGCGUCUUGUGAAUGUGAGCCUGGAUUACGCGGAGAUCCAAAUACCGGAUGCAGACCUGAAUGUCUAGCGGAUUCUGAUUGCUCGCCUACUAAAGCUUGCAUACGAUCACACUGCCGCGACCCUUGCCAGGGCACUUGUGGUGUAGGAGCAGACUGUGAAACCGUCAAUCAUAUACCUUUAUGUUCAUGCCCACCUGGAACUAAAGGAAACGCAUUUGAAAGAUGUUAUACAGAAAUUAGCCAACCACCGUGCACGCCGUCUCCAUGUGGUCCCGGCGCAUUGUGUUCAGUUGUCGGUGACAGUGCCAUGUGCACGUGUCCCAGCGGCACAAGCGGAGACGCAGCCACCACAGGAUGCAGACCCGAGUGCGUGGUCAGCUCCGAGUGUCCCCGUGAUCGAGCCUGCGUGCGCAACAAGUGUAUCGAUCCAUGCCCUGGAACGUGUGGUAACGCUGCCAUGUGUCGCGUCUUCAAUCAUGCACCUAUCUGCUGGUGUCCACCGUCCACUACUGGCGAUCCGUUUGUUGCUUGCAUAGAAACACCAACAAAGGCCCACGACCCGUGUGAUCCCAACCCUUGUGGUCCACAUGCUACCUGCCGCAAUGGAAUAUGCACAUAUUAUGAAUGUACCGUCAACGAUGACUGCUCUGGUGACCGCGCGUGUAUCAACAGAAAAUGCACUGACCCAUGUAUUAAUGCGUGUGGUCUCAACGCGAUCUGCACAGGCGUGCGACAUUCCCCGGUUUGUUCAUGCCCACCUGGAUAUACAGGCUCUCCGCUGGUGCGGUGCAGCCUCAUCUCAUCACAGCCGCCGGCUCCUGAAUGCAUAUCCGAUGACCAGUGUGCUGACAAUGCCGCGUGCGUUGACUCGCGCUGCUCGCCCGUGUGCGGCCCUAACAACUGCGGACUCAACGCUCGGUGCAUUGCGAAACAACAUAGAGCAUUAUGCACGUGCCUUCCGGGAUACGAGGGCGACGGAUACACAGGAUGUUAUUCAGUACAAUGCCACAGCAACAACGACUGCCCGGAUGAUGAGAGCUGCGAAGGCGGUUCUUGUGUGAAGGUGUGCCUACGUAUUCGUUGCGGAACGGAGGCACACUGUGUCGCACGCGGCCACACUGCUUCGUGUGAAUGUAACGCUGGCGCGCACGGCAACCCAUGGACUGGAUGUCGCAGAGCCGAAUGUCUUGUAGACGACGAUUGUUCCUCGUGGUUAGCUUGCUCUCGCGGCACUUGUAAGGAUCCAUGUCUCGGAGCGUGUGCUCAAGGUGCAAUCUGCUCAGUGGUUCGGCAUGUACCAACAUGUGAGUGUCCUAGAGGCACCCAAGGCAAUCCUAAGAUUGAAUGCCGACAAGUUUUAGACGAAGGACAAUGUGUAGUUGACGGCGAAUGUGGACCGAACCUAGCAUGCUUGCAAGGUACUUGCAGAAACCCUUGCGAACCGACAUCUUGCGGCGUCCGAGCAGAAUGUAGAGUUGCAAAUACAUUGCCGUUCCGUACGCUCGUUUGUGAAUGUCCAAAACCUCUUACUGGUGAUGCCUCAGUACAAUGCAACCCAAGAGGUGAAUGUAAUGCGGACAGCGAAUGCAGUUCUGAGGAGCGUUGCAAUAAUCACUUGUGCGUUAGCGCAUGCGCAGAUAUUACCUGUGGUUCAGGUGCUGAAUGUAGGGCCAAUCAACAUCGUGCCUCUUGUACCUGUGUACCACCACUGCAAGGCAACCCAGAAGUCGCCUGUACACUCGGAGUUCCGGGAGUGCAAUGUACAUCAGACUCAGACUGCGGUAGCGCUGAAGCUUGUGUCGCACAACGAUGCGUGUCAGCGUGUGCGGGAGCUUGCGGCACCGGCGCCUCAUGCGACGCCGCGCAACAUCGUGCUCGCUGCCACUGUCCUCCCGGCACUGCCGGCGACCCUGCCCGACUCUGUUACACACCUGAAUGUACAUCCGAUGAAAACUGUCCAUUUGACAAGACUUGUGUCAAUGGAUACUGUCAGGACCCAUGUACGCUCGGUACGCCGUGUGGAAGAGACGCAAACUGCGUGGCAGUAGCCCAUAUUGCGAGCUGCCGUUGCCCGCCUGGCACCCAGGGCGACCCACGACGUGCCUGCGUAUCUGCUAUCUGUCACUACAAUGAAGACUGCGACGACACACAGAUCUGUAAUCGACUUAAUCGUGUAUGCCAACCGGCAUGCUCCGACCAGUCGUGCGCUCCAGACGCACUUUGCACUGCCCGCAAUCACCGCGCCGUUUGUACAUGCCCGGCCGGUCGUAGCGGCGACCCGUACGGCAGUGGGUGCAGCACACUGCAUGAUUACACCGAGUGCACCACCGACUCUGAUUGUACGGCUCCGUUUGCAUGUGUAAACACUCGGUGCGUAGACCUCUGUCUCGGAAACCCCUGCGAAGCUGGACUGACUUGUAAGAUCGUCGACGUGCUUCCACUACGAGCCGUGGCUUGUAUUUGUCCUGAUGGUGGCCGUGUGGCACCAGACAAUGGUUGUCGAGCCCCACCUGAACCCGAAUGCUCAGUAGAUUCUGAAUGUGCUAAUAGUCAAACUUGCCGUCGUGGCAGCUGUGUCGAAUCUUGCAGAGCAGACCCUUGCGGGCAAAAUGCUCUUUGCGAAUCCAUCGACCACGUAUCUCGUUGUACUUGUGCACCGGGAUACACAGGAAAUGCAAGAAUCGAAUGUAACACAAUACCCCGACAACCGGCAAUCUUCGAAUGUUACAACGAUGAAGAAUGUGGUGCGGAGAGAGCAUGUGUUGACCGUUCUUGUGUAAACCCUUGCAAUGAUGCUUGCGGCCUCGGAGCUCUAUGUAGAGUCAUAGAUCAUAAACCUCAAUGCUCGUGUCCCAGAGGAUAUUCGGGCGACGCUUACACUCGAUGCACACCACCUUCUGACAAAUCGAUUAUCCCGGUGGGCUGUAAAGCAAAUCACGAAUGUCCGUUGUCUCAAGCGUGUGUAAAUGGAGCGUGCGCAGACCCGUGCGCCUGCGGCUCUAACGCAGAGUGCACUGUUGUGAGACACCAUCCUGUUUGCUAUUGCGAGCGCGGAUACUCGGGCAACCCUUACAUCGGUUGCACUAAAGUUGGUUGUACUUCCGAUUCCGAGUGUCCAGAUAGUGAUACAUGUUACAAUGGUGCUUGUGUCAACCCUUGCGUAGUUGAAGCUCCGUGUGCAAUUAGCGCAGAGUGCUUCGGUAAAGCACACCGACCUAACUGCCGUUGCCCUGCUGGAACAUUUGGAAAUCCCUACACUAGAUGUCAAGCAGCCGAGUGUGAGAUUGAUAAUGACUGCAACGACGAUAGCGUUUGCGUAAAGGGAACAUGUCGCAACGCUUGCUCAAAUUACGGCAGAAGCCCUUGUGCCAACAACGCUGAAUGCUUUGCACGAAACCACGCUGCGUCUUGCAAAUGUCCUCCUGCACUACCCCUAGGAGAUCCUUUGGUCCACUGCCUAAAGGUCGAUGUUAUUGGAGAGCCUGAAUGCCGCAUGGAUAGCGAAUGUCCUAGUGGCUAUGCUUGCCUCCGAGACGAAUGUCGCGAAGCUUGCAAUGAACUGAAGCCAUGUACUGGCAACGCUCGUUGUACUGUUUCUGACAGUGUACCGUUCCGAACUCUCAUAUGUCGCUGUCCCGACGGUUAUAUUCCUGAAGAAGGAGGAAACUGCAAACCUGCACAACUACCUGCACUUAGUUGCUCAUCAGAUCAGGACUGUGGCGACCACGAAUCUUGUGUCAACAGAAUUUGUCGCAACCCUUGCAAUUGUGGAGACAACGCAGAAUGCUUUAUACGGAACCAUAGACCCAUAUGUUCGUGUCGCGAAGGAUUUGAAGGAGAUCCAUACCGACGAUGCCACAUCGUUGGUUGCCGCAGUAACUCGGAAUGUCAAUCUCAUGAAGCAUGUAUCAAUGGUAACUGCAUUAGUCCUUGCUUCUUGAAUAGCACAUGUGGACCAAAUGCAGAAUGCUACGUAGAAAGGAAUUUACCAUUGUGCAGAUGCCGACCCGGAUUCGAAGGCGAUGUUUAUUCAGGUUGCCACGCAAUCGAGUGCAGAAGUAAUGGCGACUGCCCACAAGAUAAACAAUGUCGGGCUCAUAGAUGUGUAAAUCCAUGCCUUAGCGAAAAUAUAUGUGGUACGGCAGCAACAUGCUUAGUGCGAAAUCAUAUCGCUGUAUGUAAAUGUGAACAAGGCUAUACAGGAAGUCCAUACAUCGAAUGUAGACCACAAAUCACCGCAGAAUGUUACGUGGAUGCCGAUUGCCCCUCCAGAAUGGCUUGUUUGUCAUCAAGGUGUGUCAACCCCUGCACAGAGCUACGGCCCUGCGCCACGCCAGCCCAAUGUGAGGUAUCACCCACGCUACCUGUACGCACUAUGCUGUGUACUUGCCCACCUGGGUACGUGAGCAGCGGUGGAGGCAUCUGUCGACCAGUUACAUCUUUCGUUGAUGUCGUUUGCAGCGCCGAUGAUAACUGCACAGCAAACCAUGCCUGUGUAACUUCAAUAUGUAAAAAUCCUUGUGAAUGUGGACCUAAUACAGAUUGUCAAAUAAAAGAUCACAAACCGGUCUGUGCUUGCCAACCUGGUUUCAUCGGGGAUGCUCGCACAGGAUGCUACAAGGUUCUUUGUCAAUCUGAUUCACAAUGUGCAGACGAUGAAACUUGCUUCAAUAGCCGUUGCGUCCCGGCCUGUUCUGUGGAUUCAGAUAUAUGUGGACAAUCAGCAGAAUGUUAUGGCAUUGAACAUCGCGCCUCGUGCAGGUGCAAGAUUGGUACUAUAGGAAACCCAUCGAUCGCGUGUACACCUAUUGGCUGCCGAUCUGACUCUGACUGUCCAUUAGAUAAAUCAUGCAUCAACGCUAAAUGUGUAAACCCUUGUAAUGCAACAUCUUGUAACGAUCCUGCUGAGUGUAGAGUGCAUCUUCACGAGUUGCACUGUGUGUGCCCACCUGGCUACCAAAGCACUGAAGACGGAUGCCUAAGCACUAAGCAGCCGCAAUGCAUCACUGAUAUUGACUGCCCUCCUGGAACUGCUUGCCUGAACGCAAAAUGUAUGAAUCCCUGUCUGGAAAUAAAGCCUUGCGGUAUCAACGCCGAAUGCAAGGUUGUGGACACCCUACCAGUCAGAACUAUGAUAUGUGAAUGCGUGCCAGGAUACAAAGGAAAUGCUCUAGUUGAGUGCACUUCCAACAGACGACCGGUCCCAGAGUGCAUAGAAGGACAAGGAAUUGACUCUACCGGUGAAUGUGUGCCGUGCCACGCCAGUGACGGGCGCGUGCUAGACGCGCGUGGUCGCUGCGUAUGCGACGCGUCACGCGGCUUCGUGCCGCGCGGCGACAGAUGCGAGCCGCGUGGCUGCCGCGCCGACGCACAGUGUGAUGACCGCGAGCGCUGCAUUAACGGCGCUUGUGUAGAUGCUUGUAUGGCCGAGCCGUGUGGUAUCUCAGCUACUUGUGAUGCCAUCGGUCACCGCUCACACUGCACCUGCAUUGCGGGCUAUACCGGCAACCCACGCGUAAACUGCAACACCACGAGCCAUCCGCCAGUCUACCGCACCGAUUUCCCUCUACCUGAUAUGCAGGUUCACUGUCUCGCCGACGGCGUUCGGGUUAGUCUGAAGAUCAAGGACUUUAACGGUGUGUUGUACGUAAAGAGUUACAGUAAGGACGAACGUUGCCGAUUAGUUGUAGACACACCUAAAGAUGAGGAAAAUAUUGUUGACUUUACCGUGCACUUCGGAGAAUGUGGCUUAGUGCAUGUGAAUGGCCUCGCUAGCUUCGUCCUUGUUAUGCAGAAACAUCCCAAACUUGUGACUUCAAAUGCCAAAGCGUUCCACAUCAAAUGUAUAUACCAGACGGGUGAACAGAAUGUGACGCUUGCAUUCAAUGUAUCAAUGCUGACAACAGCGGGCACCAUCGCCAAUACAGGACCACCGCCCACUUGCUCAAUGAGAAUCGUAUCUCGCUCGGGCAGCCAAGUUAGCUCCGCAGAGAUUGGAGAACAUCUAGUCUUGCAAGUUGAUGUACAACCCUCAAAUAUUUAUGGUGGUUUUGCACGAAGCUGUAUAGCGAAGACAAGCGAAGUAGCUACAAAUGUGGAGAAUGAAUAUCCGGUAACAGAUGCCGACGGUUGUGCAACGGAUCCAUCAAUAUUUGGGGAAUGGGAGCGGAGCGAAGAUGGCAGCGUACUGCGCGUCGCUUUCAACGCUUUCAAAUUCCCGAGUAGCGAUAACAUACGGUUCCAAUGUAAUAUACGCGUCUGCUUCGGCAAAUGUCAACCGGUAAAUUGUCGCGGUGCUGAUGCGUUUGGCAAACGACGUAAAAGAGAAGCCAUCGACAGCAGACCAUCAGGUUCCCCCGCAGGCCAGUUCCGCGAGGAAGUGACUGUCGAGUCGAACCAAAUCCUAACGCUGCAGCGACGCGACCCGUCGCAGGUGGCACGGCAGCGCGACGCCGGCGGCGCGGCGGGCGCGGGCGCUGGCGCGGGCGAGGUGUGCGUGUCGGCGGCUGGGCUGGCGGUGGCGCUCGCGCUGACGGCGCUGCUGGCGCUAGUGGCGGUGGCCGCGGCCGUGGCGUGCUGGCUGGUGGCGUGGCGACGCGCUCGCCCGCCGCCGGCGCCGCUGCCGCACCCGGCCGACUUCCCCAACCCGCUGUUCCAGCGCUGAGUACGCUAGUCGCGGCCGCGCUCCUCCGCCGGCACCGGGCGGUGUCGGUCUUCCUCUCUCCUUAUCUCUGUGCUGCCGCCGGAGGACCGCCGGCCGGGGGCGCGCCGGGCGCUCGCUCGCGCUCGCCGCGCCCCACCCUAUUCUUUAUUUUAUAUUAAUUUUUACGUUUUACUUUUACUAAUGUGGCAUCCGUCGCUCUUCGAAUUUUGUGAUAUUCAUAUAAAUAUUCGAAAUCACCAUAAUUUUAUGUAAAAUAAAUAUCGAGUAUACCUAGUUUUAAGAAUAAAUAAAUAAAUA